GCAUUGCAUUUUGUCAUUGUCAGCUUUUUACGAAUAGAAAGGUUUUGUAUUGUAACGAAAUACAGUUAUUUAUUCUCAAAGUCAUUGUUAUCAAGAUUUUGUUAUAUAAAAUUGUUUUUAGUCGCAAUCAGUGGAAAGACCUUAUAUUUUUAUACUAAAUCUGUGCUUGAAACUACAGAUUUCGACUGCCUACGUGUUGAGCCAAACACGAUUUUUUUUCAAGAAACUGUGCUUAUGACAUGAUAAAUUGCAUUCGAAGAGAAUAAACAAUAAUCCGGCAGUUAUGAAUAAAAAACCUCUUAGAACUGGUCCAAAAAUAAGGAUAACUCGACCCGCGAACAGAUUACGACGCCUUGAAGAAAGCCCCUUACAACCAAGCAAGGGCAUAGAAGAAAUCAAAUAUAUCUACACCUGUCAGUACUGCCGUCUCAAAUUUACCCAAAACAGCCAUUUUUUCCGCCACAUGACGUCAAAUCACGAACUGCAACAACGCCAAGAAACGUUUGAGUGCAAUGAGUGUCAAAUAGUUUUUAAUAAAAAAGCCCAUUUGGAUAUACAUUGCCAGACACAUCACCAAGUUAGAAGUAAAUCGAAAUGCGAGAUGUGUUCUAUUACAUUCAAAUCAAGGUAUUGCCUCCGUCGACAUCUAAAAAUGAAAGAAGUCAUGCAAGAGAAUGCAUGUUUGAAAUGCCAGAAGAAAUUUUUGAGUAAGGAACAACUGGCCAAGCAUAUGCAGAACAAGCAUACAUUUAAAAAUAGAACAUUUCAAUGUGAAUUGUGUUCUUUGAAGUUUAAAGCAAAGGAAUCUCUCCAAAGCCACCUGAACCGCAUUCAUAAAAGAUUAUGAUUGUGCAAAUGAUUUAGGCUUAAGUGACAAUGUUAUUUGACUUAGCCAUGGAUGUAAAAUAAAAUACGGUUGGAGCAUCAAAGUUCAACAUAGAACUGAUACCUUUUACUUAUAGUUAAUUUAUUUAAAAGUAGCUUUUACAUCUCUGGACUGGUCUCCAUAGCUACUCGAAUAGGUUGUUAGUCCAUGCAGAGAAUCCUCAUAUGUACUUCAUUUAUCAUAUUGUGUGACAGGAAUGAUUUGUCCGUGGCAUCUCAUCGAACUUGUUUUUACAUCUAUGGGUGUGAAUUUAUUUGCAAUAAUAAUUUGUUUUUAGUUUUUGUAUUAUAAGAAUACUUGUAAAUCCUUUUUUUUAGUUUCAUAUACUAGGUUUCAUUGGAAAACAGAUGUAUAGAAUUUGAUAUAUUUUUUUUCUUUUCGAAGUUGUUUUGUACACUAAGUACUGUUGCUCAGUUUCCUUUUUAAUUUUUUUUUCUCUAGGAUUAUUGUUUCUAACAUUUUUUUAUAUUUUUGGGUACCUAAGGGUGAUUUUACAAAUUCAAUGUUUAUUUUAAAGAGGAAAAUGAACAAAACACAAUAAAAAUUAAUUUCUGUUCAAUUUUUUUAAAUCAGUUAUUUUUGCUGAUUUUUUGUCCAGAGUAGUUAUUAUUUUUAGUUAUGUGAAUUGUUUUUUUUUUCUCUAAUUAAUAGUAACAUUUUUAAGUACCUUAUAUACUUAACACGAAUUACUUUAUAAGGACAUAUAAGUCUCAGGCUUAAUUGUCAAUUGAAAAAUAUAAAGGCUUGUAUAUACAAAUCCUUUAGUCAUAAUUCUUUGAGAUUUUUUGAUUAUUUAUUUUAGCAUAGUUUCUAUUACAUUUGUAAGGUCUCAGGAGUUAUAUUUCAAAACUAAUUUCCAAAGUCUCAAGAAAAUGUAUAUUGCUAUACAAUUUACAUUACGUAAUUAUUGCAUAUCUUUCGACUAAUUACUGUAUCAAUAUAGAAAUCUGGGUCAAAGAUUAGAAAUUAGACAUAAUCCCUUUUUUAAAUUAAAGUUUCACUGGGACCUUAAUAUACAUAGCUAAUUUUAGUCAAUAUAUUUUUGAAAUAUUUAACUUUUCAUUCAUUAAAAACAUGAUCUGUUUCUUUUAUGUAUCAAUUUUCAUCUCGAACGUACGAACUUGUCAUAUCUGCAAUAUAUUACCAAUUUUAUUAAGAAGUAAGUUGAAAAUAAAACUAUUCUAUCAUUUGUGCACAAAUGCAGGGUGGCCAGUGUAACAUACUUUGGAAUCCUGAAUUAUGAUGAUAAAAGUACAUAAGUAUAAAAACAAUAUAUAGUCUAUACACAACCUAUAAUCUACCAUAACAUAAAAAGAAUAAUAUAUUUUUGUUGCAGUUAGCAUUUUUGUAAUAACAUUUAGAAAAUUUUUCAAAAAUAAAUAAACAGUAUUUAAA